UAAAGAUGUUGCUACAGAAGAGGUACAGGUAGAUUAGGAAAGGCAUUAGUACACACAAACAGAGAGAGAGAGAGAAGGAGUGAGAGAGAAUUCUGAGGUUUCUUUGCAUUAACUUUGCAGGUGUUUUUAACACAUUCAUACACGAUGAGGUUCCAAAUACUCUGUGUGCUGAUAAUUUAUGUGGGAAUAACUACAGGCCAAGAACCAAUGGAUGUAACCACAGAAGAAACUUCAGAACAUGAUGAUGAACCCUGCGAGAUUUUGAGCUGUAGUGAGAAUGAAUAUUGUGGAGAGAAAAAUGGCAUCCAUGGCUGCUUCUGUAAUGUGGAUCAUCACAGACCAAACCCUGAUUUUUACGAUGCCACUGAAAUGUGUGAUGGCAGCUCUGGCACCAUGUCUCUGUCCCGCUGUCAGCUGUUUGAAGCUGGAUUUCCUGAUAAUAAACUUCACUUAAAUGACCCCAGCUGCAGAGGAACAGUCCAAAAUGACAGACUGGUUUUCCACUUUGAUAAUGAUAACCACAUCUGUGGCACACAUCUCACGGCCAAUGGCACCCAUAUCAUCUAUGAGAACCGAAUCCUAGGGGAGCUGGACACAGCAGGGGGCAUUAUUAACAGGAAGAAAACACUGGAGCUUUCUUUCUCCUGUGUGUAUCAGCUCAAUAAGACAUUAAGCAUGGACACAGAGCUCAACCCUAUUCAGAGCAUUGUUAACAGGCAUAUUCCAGAUGGAGUGGGCAUGUACCAGGUCACAAUGAUUCCCUAUAUGGAUGCUGGCUUCUCUCACCCUUACACUGGCAGUGUGAAUAUAAUGGUGGGCGAAUCAAUCUACAUAGAAGUCUCUGUUCAAGGAGUGGACAGUCGUCAGAUUGCCCUGGUGAUGGAUACAUGUUGGGCCACACCUGUAAAUGAGAAGCACUACCCUGUCCACUGGGAUCUGAUUACUCAAAAGUGUCCUAAUCCAAAAGACCGCACAGUGGAGGUUCUCAAGAAUGGUUUAUUCACAACUGGACGAUUCUCUUUCAAGAUGUUUUCUUUUCAUGAAGAUGAACCCAAGGUCUUCCUUCACUGCAGCAUUCACCUAUGCUUGCUGAAAGAUCAGAACUGUGCAGUGGUUUGUCCCGCUAGAAAACACGGCCGUCCAGGCAGAUCUACAAACAUCCAUGAUAGUGCCUCCAUCUCCAUAGGGCCUUUUAUUUGGUCCACUAAAAACAAAGGCUUUUAGGCUCAAGAUGAAUAAAAAACUUCCCUUCAUGGAUUUCCUGAGCACCAAGAUGAUUCUCUGAGUGUAAACAUUAAGAGCAAUGAUUAUACUACUUUUAAUUUAGCUAUUAAUCAAUUUCUGGCUUCAAAAUCAUAAAAAUCUUUAUAAUCCUUAUUUAAAGUGUUGCAUCUCUUUCUCUGUCUCUUUUAAUGAUUUAACAUUUAGUUAACCAAAAGGGAGUUUUAGAUUCAUGUAAUUUGGGGAUUUGUAAUCAGAAUUUACCAUAGAUUAUAUUGGAUGGGAGAUGAAUUUCUUCAUUUAGCUAAUUCAAUAAUUAGUUAGGUAAAUAAGUAAGCAUUAAGUAAAGUCAGGCUGUAAAUUGUGCUUUUAACAAUGGACAUUGUCUCAGGCCAGCUUUACACAAAUAAAGUUCACACGCACUCCUG